AUGGCGGCCCCCUGGUGGCGGGCUGUGCUGAACGGCAGCCGGAGUUGGCGGGGCUUCAGCACCUCAGCCGCCCUGAGCCGCCGGGCCGCUCCUCUGGGGCCGAUGCCCAACGAGGACAUCGACGUGAGCAACCUGGAACGGCUGAAGAAAUACCGCAGCUUCGACCGCUACCGGCGCCGGGCGGAGCGGGAGGCGCGGGACGCGCACUGGUGGCGGACGUACCGGGAGCAUUUCGGGGAGGAGUCAGAUCCCAGAGACAAGGUUGACAUUGGGUUGCCUCCACCUAAGGUCUGCCGGACCAAACAGUUGCUGGAACGGAAACAGGUCCUGCGGGAGCUUCGGGCCUGUGUGGAGGAGGAACGGGCUGCUCGCCUCCGCACAGCAAGCAUCCCCUUGGAGGCCGUGCGGGCCGAGUGGGAGAGAACCUGUGGCCCCUACCACAAGCAGCGUCUGGCCGAAUACUAUGGCCUCUAUCGGGACCUCUUCCAUGGGGCCACCUUCGUGCCCCGAGUCCCCCUGCAUGUGGCCUAUGCCAUAGGCGAGGACGACUUGGUACCUGUUUACUAUGGCAAUGAAGUCACUCCAGCUGAGGCUGCCCAGCCCCCGGAGGUGACCUAUGAGGCAGAUGAGGGCUCUGUGUGGACGCUGCUGCUCACCAGCUUGGAUGGACACCUGCUGGAACCAGACGCCGAGUACGUGCACUGGCUGGUCACCAACAUCCCGGGCAGCAGGGUGGCUGAAGGACAGGAGACGUGUCCCUACCUCCCCCCUUUCCCCGCCCGAGGCUCCGGCUUCCACCGCUUUGCCUUCCUUCUCUUCAAGCAGGACAAGCCAAUUGACUUCUCCGGGGACGCCCGGCCCUCACCCUGCUACCAGCUUGCCCAGCGGACCUUCCACACUUUUGAUUUUUACAAGAAACACCAGGACGCCAUGGCCCCGGCUGGCCUGGCCUUCUUCCAGUGCCGCUGGGAUGACUCCGUCACCCACAUCUUCCACCAGCUGCUGGACAUGCGUGAGCCUGUGUUUGAGUUUGUGCGGCCUCCCCCUUAUCACCCUGAGCAGAAGUGCUUCCCCCACCGGCAGCCCCUGCGCUACCUGGACCGGUACAGGGUCAGCCAGGAACCCACCUAUGGCAUCUACUGA